GCGGCGGCGCCCGGCCCCCUCCCCCGGCGCCGGCCAAGUGAGGCGGUGAUGCGGGCGCUGGCGGCCCCGGCUGCGCCGAGAGCGGAGACACAGGCUCAAGAUGGCAGAUUCCGACUGAGGCUGGGGGGGCCGAGCUCGCGCGCCGCGUUCCCUUCUCCGUUGCCAUGAAUCGCGGACACCCCGGCCCCGAUGGCCCCAGUGUACGAAGGUAUGGCCUCACAUGUGCAAGUCUUCUCCCCUCACACCCUUCAAUCAAGUGCCUUCUGUAGUGUGAAGAAACUGAAAGUAGAGCCGAGUUCCGCCUGGGACAUGACUGGGUACGGCUCCCACAGCAAAGUGUAUAGCCAGAGCAAGAACAUACCACCUUCUCAGCCAGCCACUACAACCGUCAGCACCUCCUUGCCAAUCCCAAACCCAGGCCUACCUUACGAGCAGACCAUCAUCUUCCCAGGAAGCACCGGGCACAUAGUUGUAACAUCAGCAAGUAGCACUUCUGUCACUGGGCAAGUCCUCGGCGGACCACAUAACCUAAUGCGUCGAAGCACUGUGAGCCUUCUUGAUACCUACCAAAAAUGUGGACUCAAGCGUAAGAGUGAGGAGAUUGAGAACACGAGCAGCGUGCAGAUCAUCGAAGAGCAUCCACCCAUGAUUCAGAAUAAUGCGAGUGGGGCCACUGUAGCCACUGCCACCACAUCGACUGCCACCUCCAAAAACAGUGGCUCCAACAGCGAAGGUGAUUACCAGCUGGUCCAGCAUGAGGUGCUGUGCUCCAUGACCAACACUUAUGAAGUUUUAGAAUUCCUGGGCCGAGGGACGUUUGGGCAAGUGGUCAAGUGCUGGAAGCGGGGCACCAAUGAAAUCGUGGCCAUCAAAAUCCUGAAGAACCACCCAUCGUAUGCCCGGCAGGGUCAGAUCGAGGUGAGCAUCCUGGCCCGCUUGAGCACGGAGAGUGCCGACGACUACAACUUUGUCCGCGCCUACGAGUGCUUCCAGCACAAGAACCACACGUGCUUGGUGUUUGAGAUGUUGGAGCAGAACCUCUAUGACUUUCUGAAGCAGAACAAGUUUAGCCCCUUGCCCCUCAAAUACAUUCGCCCAGUCCUCCAGCAGGUAGCCACAGCCCUGAUGAAACUGAAAAGCCUAGGUCUCAUCCAUGCCGACCUCAAACCAGAAAACAUCAUGCUGGUAGAUCCUUCUAGACAACCGUACAGAGUAAAGGUCAUCGACUUCGGUUCGGCCAGUCACGUGUCCAAGGCUGUGUGUUCCACCUACUUGCAGUCCAGAUACUACAGGGCCCCUGAGAUCAUCCUCGGUUUACCAUUUUGUGAGGCAAUUGACAUGUGGUCCCUGGGCUGUGUCAUUGCGGAGCUGUUCCUGGGCUGGCCGCUCUAUCCCGGAGCUUCCGAGUACGAUCAGAUUCGGUAUAUUUCACAAACACAGGGUUUGCCAGCUGAAUAUUUAUUAAGCGCAGGGACAAAGACAACUAGGUUUUUCAACCGUGACACAGACUCACCGUAUCCUUUGUGGAGGCUGAAGACACCAGAUGACCAUGAAGCAGAGACGGGGAUUAAGUCGAAAGAAGCAAGAAAGUACAUUUUCAACUGUUUAGAUGACAUGGCCCAGGUGAACAUGACAACAGAUUUGGAAGGGAGUGACAUGUUAGUGGAGAAGGCAGACCGGCGGGAGUUCAUCGACCUGUUAAAGAAGAUGCUGACCAUAGAUGCUGAUAAGAGAAUCACUCCAAUUGAAACCCUGAACCACCCCUUUGUCACCAUGACACACCUACUCGAUUUUCCCCACAGUACACACGUCAAAUCGUGUUUCCAGAACAUGGAGAUUUGCAAGCGUCGGGUGAAUAUGUAUGACACGGUGAACCAGAGCAAAACCCCUUUCAUCACGCAUGUGGCCCCCAGCACGUCCACCAACCUGACCAUGACCUUCAACAACCAGCUGAACACUGUCCACAACCAGGCUCCCACCUCCACCAGUGCCACUCUUUCCUUAGCCAAUCCCGAAGUCUCCAUACUAAACUACCAAUCUGCACUCUACCAGCCCUCAGCGGCAUCCAUGGCCGCAGUGGCCCAGCGGAGCAUGCCCCUGCAGACGGGAACAGCCCAGAUCUGUGCCCGGCCCGACCCCUUCCAGCAAGCUCUCAUCGUGUGUCCACCCGGCUUCCAAGGGUUGCAGGCCUCGCCCUCUAAGCACGCUGGCUAUUCCGUGCGAAUGGAGAAUGCUGUGCCUAUCGUCACUCAAGCCCCAGGAGCGCAGCCUCUUCAGAUCCAACCAGGUCUGCUUGCCCAGCAGGCCUGGCCUAGUGGGACCCAGCAAAUCCUGCUUCCCCCGGCAUGGCAGCAACUGACCGGAGUGGCCACCCACACGUCCGUGCAGCACGCGACUGUCAUUCCCGAGACCAUGGCAGGCACCCAGCAGUUGGCUGACUGGAGGAACACCCACGCUCACGGCAGCCAUUACAAUCCCAUCAUGCAGCAGCCUGCGCUAUUGACUGGUCACGUGACCCUUCCAGCAGCCCAGCCCUUAAAUGUGGGCGUGGCCCACGUGAUGCGGCAGCAGCCAACCAGCACCACUUCCUCCCGGAAGAGUAAGCAGCACCAGUCGUCUGCGAGAAACGUCUCCACCUGUGAGGUGUCCUCCUCACAGGCCAUCAGCUCCCCUCAGCGGUCCAAGCGCGUCAAGGAGAACACGCCUCCCCGCUGCGCCCUGGUGCACAACAGCCCAGCCUGCAGCUCCUCCGUCACGUGCGGGUGGGGCGACGGGGCCUCCAGCACCACCAGGGAGCGGCAGCGGCAGACGAUUGUCAUUCCUGACACCCCCAGCCCCACGGUCAGCGUCAUCACCAUCAGCAGCGACACGGACGAGGAGGAGGAACAGAAGCAUGCCCCCACCAGCACUGUCUCCAAGCAGAGAAAAAAUGUCAUCAGCUGUGUCACGGUCCACGACUCUCCCUACUCUGACUCCUCCAGCAACACCAGCCCCUACUCCGUGCAGCACCGUGCUGGGCACCACACCAACACCUUUGACACUAAGGGGAGCCUGGAGAACCACUGCACUGGGAACCCCCGAACGAUCAUCGUGCCACCCCUGAAAACCCAGGCCAGCGAAGUGUUGGUGGAAUGUGAUAGCCUAAUGCCAGUCAACACCAGUCAGCACUCGUCCUACAAGUCCAAGUCCUCCAGCAACGUGACCUCCAGCAGCGGUCACUCUUCAGGGAGCUCUUCCGGAGCCAUUGCAUACCGGCAGCAGCGGCCAGGACCGCAUUUCCAGCAGCAGCCUCUCAAUCUCAGCCAGGCUCAGCAGCACAUCACCGCAGAGCGCGCCGGGAGCCACCGCCGGCAGCAGGCCUACAUCACUCCCACGAUGGCUCAGGCCCCGUACUCCUUCCCGCACAACAGCCCCAGCCACGGCACUGUGCACCCCCACCUGGCCGCCGCUGCCGCAGCAGCCCACCUCCCCACCCAGCCCCAUCUCUACACCUACACGGCGCCCGCGGCCUUGGGCUCCACCGGCACCGUGGCCCACCUAGUGGCCUCCCAAGGCUCGGCACGUCACACCGUGCAGCACACUGCCUACCCGGCCAGCAUCGUCCACCAGGUCCCCGUGAGCAUGGGCCCCCGGGUCCUGCCCUCGCCCACCAUCCACCCGAGUCAGUAUCCAGCCCAGUUUGCCCACCAGACCUACAUCAGCGCCUCUCCAGCCUCCACCGUCUACACUGGAUACCCACUGAGCCCCGCCAAGGUCAACCAGUACCCUUACAUAUAAACACUGGAACGGGAGGGGAGGGGAGGGAGGAUGGCCAGAGGGGAGGAGGGAGGAGGGGCGAGGUGGGAGCUGGGCUUUUUAUACUGAAGAUGCGGCACAC